UCUCCUGAUUCGUUGGCAUGCGCCGAAGGCACAGCUCGGCCUUUCUCCCUGUUUCCUUUUUCGGCACAGAAGCCCCUUCUUCUCUCAGAUCUGAAAGCCGAGUCCCGAAAAUUCCAAUAUCCAAGAAGAUCCAUUUGAGCAACUCCCAGCAUUCACUCAUCGAGCUUUUUCGAUUUAUUGAUCUACCCAAGUCCCCAAACUUCACAAAGAAGACCAACCAUGGCGUGCCUCGCGCUCUCCCUCCAGCCAGCCAACGGUCCCGAUAUCCUUCUCCAGACACGCGAGUGGUUCCCUCCCGCCCGUGCUCUCGCAGCCCUCAACUCCUUCCGCCAGACCCGCAUCGCCUUCGCUGCUUCCUCGGCUUCUUCUAACAAGACAUCUGCUUCUGCUACGGUUCCUACCCUCACCGAAGACCUAGAAUCUGCCAUCGGCGAUGAUCCCCUUGCGGCGUCCAGCGGCCAAGUGGUCGUCGGCGUCGAGAGCAAGUAUCGGGUCGUGUAUCGCCUCGUCAACGGCAUCUACGUCCUCGGUAUCACCACCAUAGACCGCGCAACCGACGGCGGUCUUAUCAACAACAUUUUCGAGUGCAUCAACACUGUCAACCAGGCCGUCAGCGUCGUCGUCGCUGCUUGUCGUGGCGUUGAUGUUACUCCUGAGAAGCUCCACCGGAAGUACCCCGAGAUCUACAUGGCUCUAGAUAUCGUCCUCCGCGGCGUCGGAAGCGUCCGCCUCGCGGCCAUCCUAUCCUCCAUUCAUGGCGAGAGUAUUGCGAAGAUGGUGCACACAGGGAUCGAUUCCGAAAACCGCAUCCGGGGUGCUGACACUUGGUCAGGUGCCGCCGAGGCCCUCUCCGCCGAGCGCCGCGCCAAUCUGGAGGCCUUCUCAGCUGCUUCCUUUGAGCUCCCGCAGGAAACCCUAGCUGCCGGUGACGAGGUUGCUGCGGCCAUUGCGCCGGUAGCGCAGCUGACGGGCGAGGAGCAGCAGAAGGAGUUGCCCGCAGAAGAGGCUGUGGAGGAGAAGGAUCCGUUUGCUGCAAGCGAGAAGAUAAACAAGCCCGAAGAGGCGCUUGUGGGAGGGUUCAAAAAGGCGCCAAAUUCUAUAAUAAACACAUCAGAUCCAGCUGCAGCCCUAUCCGGCCUAGAAGUCAUGGUGUUGCCACAGGCAGAAGCCGCUAAGUCGACCUUCAUUGGAGUUGAAGGCUUCGAAGGGGAGUAUGGUGGGAUAGAGUUCAGCAACGAGGAGGUUUCCUUAUCUGAGGCAUUUGAAGGGUUCGACAAUGCUUUUGGCGGAGGUCUUGAUGCAUCAGAGUUUGUCACCACGAAGAAGACUGCCAAGCCGCAGGGAUUGGGUGGUCUGGAGCUCUUGGCUACCAGUCAGGGACCUCCUCCAGCACAAGCAAAAGGAGCGGGCACGCCUCUAGAGAAUCUUCUGGUGGAGAAGAAGAGAGAAAUGUCUGGUCCAGAGAUGAACAUUGUUGAAGAGAUCAAUGCUGAGUUCAGGGAUUCUUUUCUUGCUAGAGUUGGUUUCAAAGGGACAGUCUUUUUAAGAACUAUUCCUCCAAAGCAAUCGGAUGGGAAGGAAACUGAGUUCUCCUUCCGCCUUGAGGGUACCUCCAGAAUCAAGAGGGCUGUGAUGAUGAGUUCAUGCAUAAGCAAUUUAGGAAAUGGAAUGUUUCAUGUCAGGACUCAUUCUAAGGAAGAACCUAUUCCAAUUCUGAAGUUUAGCCUUCUGCCCCGUCUCACUCCUCUGCCUCUGAGGCUUAGGUUAAUCAAAAGGCACAGCGGAACCUUGCUUUCUGUAAUGAUACAGUAUGCUUCCAACCCUGAUUUACCUACGGCUUUAUCUAAUGUGAAGUUCAUUUUGAAGUUGCCGGUUGAUCCAACACUGCUUAAGGUUUCCCCAAAGGCAGUCUUGAACCGUGCUGAGAAGGAGCUAACAUGGCACAUCCCAGAUAUUCCUCUGAAAGGUCCUGCAGGGAAACUGAGGGCACGGAUGCCUGUUGAUCAAGACUCUUCUGAGGGUGAGGUUGAAGUUCAUGCAUCUGUGAAGUUUUCUUCACAGGGAGCAAUGACCUUGUCCGAGGUUUGUCUGAGACCAAUUUCUGAUGGCGUUGCUCAAUUUAAUGAGGUUGACCAUAUUUAUGAAAGUGGAACCUACCUGUGUAAUUGAUGCUGAUCAAAGUUUCUAGUGUUUUCUCAUUGGUUUGUAUCCAAUUCCUAGAGACUGUUUUGUUUCUUCUUGUGUUGAUUUUUGAGAAAUUGAUUUGCGAGUGCAUGCCAUAUCCUGUGAUUAACGUAGACAACUAAAUCAUCAUGCUUUCAAAUGCAUCUUGCUUGUAGAAACCUUAGCUGAUAAUAAAU